AUGUUUGAGGUUGAAGAGACUUUUAAUCCAAUGACACAAAGGGGUGGUAAUAAGUGGACUGUGAUUUUAUCUAGACGAUUUUGUGAAUGUGGCAAAUUUCAGGCAUACCGAUACCCAUGUUCACAUGUCAUAGCUGCUUGUUCUACUCUAAGUAUAGACUUUUGGCAGUAUGUUGACCCUGUAUAUACUUUACAGUAUGUUGUGAACGCAUACUCGUAUCAGUGGUGGCCGCUUGAAAAUGAGAAUAACAUUUUACAAAAUGAUGAGUGGAAGUUGUUGCCAGAUCAAGAUAAAGCACGAGGUAAAGGACGACCAAAGGCCAGUAGAAUUAGAAAUGAAAUGGAUUGUGUUGAGUCACAACCGCGACAACGAUGUAGGUUAUGUCGACAGCUAGGUCAUAAUCAACGUUAUUGUCCUCAACAAAGUAAUGCUAAUAUUCAUCACGAGUAG